AAAUUUACACUUUAAUUUUGAACGCGCAGGUCGUGGUUUUUGCUCGCUUUAACUAUAUUAAAUAUGAUCGGUGUAUGUUGAAGCCGAGAUCGAAGCAGGAUGCUUAACAGGCGUGGCCAUUAUGGGAAAUUGUGGCUUUCCGUAAUGCUGGUUGCAUGUUUGUUCGUUACUUUAUUAUUUUCUACCUUCUGUUUGUAACUGUUUUUAUUUGUGUGGGUGUGCUGCCUAAGGCUGAAACUGCAAAUAUCGUGUGUGGUCAUUCCAUCGUGGCAAGCUGUGGGAGUGUAACGGAGUGCAGCAAAGGACCACAGUAGCUCAGUGUUUUCUUAUCUUUAGUUGCUUUUUCACCAUGGGAAAACCGAAAGAACACCGUAGACGAUGGAAAUCCAACAGCAGGCGGCGUGCCAGGGAACAACGCAGGAAAGCAGAAAACGUUUCGGUUACCUCUGAUUAUUGUCCUGUGGAAACUCCUACUGAGAGGUCUCUGAUUGUCCAGGUCCCUGCAGUUGCAGAGAGGAAUUUCUUAAGCCCUCUUCUUCUAGUUAUGGCUUCUGUGUACUGUAGCCUCAGGAACACACUUUCACGGGUAUAUUCCUGUGUUUGGAAUGCAUUUUUUCCUUCUAUAUACCUGAAGCAACUGCAUGCUGUUCGCGAGCAGGUGGACCAGUUACAAAUGGAAAUGGCAGCAUUACGCUGUGCCAUCAGGUUGUCUGAAGCUAUGAACAGCUCAUGCCAAACACCCACUGCGCCAUUAAAUCCUUCCCCAGUAAUACAGCUGAAUUCAGCAUCAACAAAUGUUCCAGUUGUUCCAGCACUACCUCCUGUGCCACCACCUCCUGUGCCACCACCUCCCCCCCCUCCACCUCCAGUGCCACCUCCUCCACAAACGUCUGUAUUUACAGAGAAGAAAAACAUGGUCAAGAGGCACCCAGAAAACUGCAAGCUGCAACAGAAUCCUUUAGUUAAGAAGGAUGCUCCCGUUUCUGUGACUCUCCAAGACUUGCUGAAUGUAAAAUUGAGGAAAACAGAUUCCCCUACUACCAAAGUGAAGGCAUUUUCUCCAUCCAAAAGGCGUAUUCCUUUGAUAACCAUGUCAGAUCUUCAGAAAGUCACAUUGCGAUCAUCUCAGUCUGAUAUACCUAAUAAAUUUGGAAAAACUCAUUUAAAUAGGAACACCUGCCCUAGUCCAGUAAAUUUACGACGGCAGUUAAAGAGAGUUGAUGUUCAGAGGAGCCCAGGAGGUACCCCGUUAUACGAAAAGGAAAACAAAGAAUCUGGCAGUGGCCUCACGCCCAUCAUGACUCAAGCUUUACGUAGAAAGUUUCAGAUGGCUCUUCCUAGAAGUCCCCCACCUUUGAUACGGUCUUGCAACACUUUCAACACAAGUUUCAGUGAAACAAACUAAACUCUUUUUGGACUUUUAUUUUUAUUUAUUUGUCCCUGGUGGGCAUUUUAAAGUUACUGUUGACUGAAAGCUGAAAGAAAGAAUUGCGACAUCUUAUAGCAAUUUACAGCAUUUUCACUAAUGCACCUUUUACUUUUUAAACCAAGUGUGUGCGCCUGCAUGAGUUUAUUUUUGUUUUAACUAAUGUUUUUAAGAGAUGUAUGUAAAAUACAUGUAUUGAAAUAUUUUUGCUUUUUUAUAAACCUGUAAACCUUCUUUUAUGUGUGCUGUUGCAGUUGAUGUGAUAUUCUGUUAUUUUAUGCUAAUUGCUUUAAGUGUGCAAUAUAAUGGCAGACCUAAAACUUGGGGCCUUCUUUAUCUGCUGGGCAUAUUUUUUAAUUCAUUAUUACAUUUUGAUAAAUUGAUAUUUUUUCCUCUUUUCUGCAACUACUUUUAUAAGAAGGUUAAAAAAUUUGAUAGUUUUAUAUUUUAUCACACACUGGUAAUGCAAUUUGUCACUUAUUAGAAUUGUACACUUUGUUUAUAUGUGCUGGAAAAGUAGACCCUUUAUUGUGAACUGUAACAUGGAAAUACAGUGCUACCCAUAAUUGGAAAACUAAACCUACAACAUCAGUGCACGACUUCCAGUACUUUCAUAGAUAAGGGAUUACCCAGAAACAUUUUUGAAGCCUAUGUUAGGCACUUGUUCAUUUUAAAUACUAUAAUGAAUAGGAUCUGUUCAAAAUAUAAAAAAAAAAAAAUGAUUUUGUAAUUUUAUUCUCGCAUAGCUACAUGGUUCUUUGUUUUAACUUUAAAGAACAUUUGAGGUAUAAAGUUAAAGAAGAAUGGAGUGUUAAUGAUCUAGAAAUAUAGGACUGUAAUUAUGAAUAAUGGGAAUGUUUUUUCACCAUUUUAACAAUCUACUAGAAAGAUUUAAUUUCUGAAUCUAGAAAUAGACAGUACGAUUCACAAGAGAGUUCUAUUUGCUUUAUAAAGAUGCUAUGCAAUGUAAAUUUCUAUUGUAAUACAUUUUUUUGUUGACUGAUACAUGGGAAUUUUUAAUAUGCUGCUCACUAAAACCAAAAAUACAAAUAUUUUUUCUUACCAAUAAUAGGGUUAUCAUAGAAGGAAGCUGAAAAUGAACUGCAGAGUCUGCAUGUUUAUAGCCUGAAACUGAGCAGGGUUGUCCAUGACCUGAGACGAGUACUGUAUUGAUAGUUUGAAAAAUCGUUACUAUAUAUUCCCGGCUAAAGUCCACUCUUUAUUUAUCUUGUAAAUUUGUUCUUGGGGGCAAAGUGCACCAUUUCAAAUUGAAUGUACAAUUCAGAUCUUAAACUGUGCAACAAUGUUUAUUUUUUACCACUAUAAUUCAAAUUAGUCACAUAAUUUAGUGACCACAACUCUUGAUUAUUUUAAGUGAAAGGCAGAAACAGGAAAAUACUUCUGAUGCAAGUUACUUGUAAUGAACUUUUAUUUUUACUUUGAAAAAGUGACCUGGCAAAACAGAACAGAAAUGAUAGGCUCCAGGCUAAACUCUAUAUAUAAAAUAUACAGAAAAACUCUACAAAUUACAGCAAUAGCUGACUUAAAAGUAAACCUAGCUAAAGUAAAAUCCAAAAAGAAUGUACUGUAAAUGCAAAAAGACUGUACUGUAUAGGAAACUCACCUAAACAUCUUGUUACCACCAUGAAUGAGGUGUCUGGGGUAAAAAAUGUACAUUUCUUUAUA